AUGCGCACUGGCUCCGUCCAAUGUCGGCGGCGUAGGAGAGAGAUUCUUGAUGUUCGAGCCAGCUACGGUCGGCGACACCUUCCACUACGCCUUGUUUCUCCCCCGAGCUCGCCGCUAUUACCCUUGUACCGCGGUUUGAUUAAGCCACUAUUCACACUCAUCCCUCCCUCGUGUACAAAAACAACACCUCCACCACCACCACUGCCUUCUAAUUGUAGGGAUGAAUGGCCUCCAAGCCCUCCACCCAGCCCCGCCUCGCCAUCAUCUCGCCAGCGCGGCAAGACCAUUGACGACGAUGCGAUACCAAACAACCUGGUCUCACCUGCAAAACUUGUUGCCUUGCGCGAGAAGAAGUCACUAGGCCAUUCGCGAAGCUCUUCUGAUUUGCGGCGCGUGCCUGAGGAUGCGUCCUAUCCAGAGGAGGCCAAUGCGACGGACAAUCGAGGAACAACUGUGAACGAUGCCUCGACAGCUCAGGACAAGAGUAAUGGAGCUCCAAAGACACCACCACGGCCGUCUUUCGCGAAGCUGCGGAGGCGCAGUACUCUCGAGUGGGCAAAUGCAAGUCCCCAAUCGCGGCAAGAGAAGCUGGAAAGCAUGACAACCGAGCGUAUGGCAGAUGUGUUCUUUAGCUUGCAUAUUGCCGACAUCGAAGGUGACUGUUCGGGUCUGGAUAAAGAGUGUCAAAUGGCACAGCUGGCGCCAGUUACUGGAAGUGGUCCUCAAGCUUCGCGAAUUGCAGUACUUGGGCAAGCAUCUGGAGAAUCUAGAGCGUCCACUGCCUGCGAACGCGAUCGUCUUUCAUCUAUCAGACGGAGUGUACAUGACAUUUACGUCUUUGGCUCAAUACGCACCGCCUCCCUAGAUGAUAGCAUUCAGGACGCUCUUGCAACGCGCAACAAAAUCGCUGCGGAGUUGGAGGCGAUUCUGGAGGAGAACAGGAUCGCAAUAGUUGAUCGAGAUCGCGUUGCAGAGGCCGAAGACCGACUUAAAACGAUUGAGUAUGCUAAAAAGACGGUCGCGAAGCAACUCGAAAAGGCACGAGCGCAAACUGGUGAGAAGCGUGCAUCUCUCAACAAUCGGCGGGAUCUCAUGUCUAAGGACAAUGCGCAAAACAAUACGCAGGCUGAGAGUAUGCAAGACGGUCGAUCUGAUGCCCCAAAAACGCGCACGUCACUCGCCCAAACCAAGAAAGACGUCCAGAACCAACGCCGCCGUGUCUGCGAAGACUUGCAAAAGGUUUACCCUAUCCAACCGAUCAAAAACAAAACCCUCGCCUUUACCAUACGGGAUCUCCCUCUCCCAAAUUCGGAAGACUUGGACUCUUCGUCCCCUGAAACCAUCGCAGCAGCGUUAGCACAAGCACAAUCUACGACUCUAUCAGUCUCCUCAAGACAAACGCAAGGGAGGCUCAGCGUACGCGCUCUUCUUGUUGAACAAGGAUAUUCAGUUGCUGCUCGAAACAGGGUUCGGCGUUCGCGUCCUGGACAUCAGACAUACUUUGCCCAACUUGAAGUACCUUCUCUACGCGCUGGUAGCAGGGCUGGUAGCAGUGACUCCUCAUCCUCGGCUCUGAGCGGCAUCCUUUGGCAUGGUGGUGGAAGAUCAGAAGAUGGGAGAGGCAAAGGAGCUGUGGACAGUCUUAGGAGGAAUGCCGGAUCCAUGUCGGAUCUUGUGGCUUCAUCGGGCGUUUCCGACUUUAUUCGACUUUUGGUAAUCAAGCCGGUUCCAUCCAAUAUGGAUGUGGACAACAGGGGACCAUUUCACGAACAUCGAUUCCCUUUAUCCCAAGAUUACGACAACAUUUUCAUCUCUCCAGGCGUUGCAAGUCUUUACUCAUAUGAAGGCAAGUCCCAAGACACUGUAUCCAGCUGCCGUUCCAGAUCUGUUAUGCGGCUUUCUGGAGCAGUCGCAGGACUCGGAAAGGAACAUAAAGGAAUGGUACAUGCUGAAAGUGCUCGAAAGAAAACCGAGAAGGAUAUCUUGAGAAAUUGGAAAAAAGCAUUGACGAGUG